AUGACACAUGAUGCUUUUCGCACUACUUCAAUUACGGAUCUGAAUACCGUCGAGGCUGUGAAGAGAGCAGAGGCUAAAGCUUUGGCUUUACAGGUGCGCAACGACGAGCUGAUGCGCGAGAUCGAGAAGCUUCGGCAAGAAAUCGUGCAGCUCAAGAGGGAUGCAAAUGAGAAGACCGAACAUGACGCCCAAGUAACGAUCGAUCUACACAAGACGGAAAGUCACAGCUCAGUCGACUGGCGGAACACGACUCUGGCGAAACAGCUGCGCGAAAUGAGCCUCAAGAGUCAACCCACUACAGGCGAUACACGUCCAACUCACCAGCAGACAUCGUACAAGUCGAACACCGAGAUUCCGACUCAGGGACAGAACAAACAGAAGCCGUUUUCGUCCUUGUUUCCUCCUACAGGCCACCUCUCGCAGCAGGCAGGCGCACCAAUUAAGCUACCGAUCGGCUUUCCUCGCCACAGCCCAUUCUAUGCGUUUCCUAAUCUCACUAAAGCGGGCAGCGAGGCGAUCAGCCGCCCUGCGCCCUCGCCGGAGACCUCUCUGGAGGCCACCGUACCCUUUAAAAGAAAGAUCACGGAUGAGUGGGCUGUUGACGGGAGGGCCGCAGCAGAGGAAGAAGUUAGACAGCGAGAACAAGAACAGAAGGCUAGGGAGCGAGGAGAGCAUGGAGUCCCCGAUAGCCAACCCUCAGAUUCCGAUCUGAAAGCUCGUACCGAAGUCUCAGAUGUCUCGGAUACAGGAGGUUCCACGAAUGAAGGCUGAAUGUGCUGCAGCCUCUCAGACGUGCCUGAUGAGGUGCGCUUCUGAUAAGUGCCCUGCCUGUCAAAUCAUUUACAUGGCACUUUUGUAGUAUGCAAAUCAUCUUAAUCACGAC